AUGUCUAAGCUCAACGCCAACGCCCCCGAGUUCCACCCCGCCUCACCGCAGAUAUACCCACUGCUGCCGCCGCCGUACAAUCCCCCGCCGGUAAUGUUCCAACCUCCGAUCUUUAAUGGUUUCAACUACGACGCGAAUCAACCGGUCUAUAUCUACGACGCCACCGCUGCUUUCUUCACGACUUCGCCGACCGAGAUUAAUUUUGUUGCUGCAAGUUCUUCUCCGGCGCCUCCACCGACGCCGGUGUACACUCCGACCAGUCACGGUCGACAUAAGGUGUGGUUUCCAAGGGACGACGGGAGGGGUAAUUAUGUGCAGAACCGCGCCGGAGAAGCUCGAGGUCCGCCUAACAAUGGCGUGGAAGGUUCUGGAAGGAGCCAGAACAAUACUCGUGGGCGAUACAUACAGAGACCGAAGUCCAGGCAUGAAGUUAUGCCUCUCGAACUCGACCCGAAUGCGACGACUGUCAUGAUCAAGAACAUCCCCUACGAUUGCACGCGCAGCGAAUUAAUUGAUGUUUUGGAUGGAUUCUGUCUGAAAGAGAACACCCCCGCCAAAAACGAGGGUUCUUCGCAAAGCCCUCAGGAGGAGGAACCUGUGAUUUGUGCAUAUGAUUUUGCAUAUCAGCCUUUCGAUUUUAAGACCAAAAAGGGAAGAGGGUUCGCCUUCGUGAACUUCACCAACGCCGCGACUGUGAAGAAAUUCAGCAGCUCCUUUCAGGGCACCUUAUGGGAGAAUGGCAACGGCAACGGCAAUGGAAAGAACUGGGAGAGGCCAAUCGAGAUCGUCAAAGCGAAAAUUCAGGGGAGGGAAGCAUUUGUGGAGAAGGCGCUGCUAUCGUUGUACGACUGCGAUUCCGACGAAUUCCUGCCGGUGACGUUCGAGCCGGCGAGGGACGGGUCGGGGAAUCCGGUGGAGAUGACGGUGGUGGGGAACCGGAGGGGCAGCAGGAGGAGUGGCGUAGGUAAUUCGUCAUCGUCGGGGAACUAG